ACUCCAAACUUACGUUUUGACGUCCAGGAUUGUGGUUACAUCGAAUUUAACAAAAAUAAUACUUAAAAAUACUCAAAUAUUUACUAGUGUUACAUAAUUUAUAAUAGAAAUAAACAGUGUCAAGCAUUAAAUACAGAUAUCGGUGUGGUUACAAGUAUAAGGUGUUUGUGAGACAAUUUUGUGCAAGUGUCUUUGCCUACGUGUAGAUUUUACAAAAUCUAUUAAAAAACUGUCCAAUUAUAGUAUGAAAGCUUGAUAAAUCGGCUUAGUUAUGAAUAAAAAACCAGUGAGAACCGGCCCCAGGAUCAGGAUAACGAGACCCGCAUUAAAAUCACGAAAACUCGACGACCCCGUUGCUAUAUUCGACGAUCGAAAAUAUAUCUAUUCCUGUCAGUAUUGUCGGUUGAAGUUUACACAAAACAGUCAGUAUUUUCGCCACAUGACUUCAAACCACGAGAUACAGCAGAAAGCAGCGACCUUCGAGUGCAAUGACUGUCAAAUUGUGUUCAGUAAGAAGAGUAACUUGGAUCUGCAUUGUCAAACGCAUCAUCAGAUAAAGAGUAAGUCGAAAUGCGAGAGUUGCGCUAUUACGUUCAAGUCCCGCUACUGUUUGCGUCGACAUUUGAAACUGAAGCAGAUUCUGCAAGAAAAUUCGUGCUUUAAGUGUCAGAAAAAGUUUACAAGCAAAGAGGGUUUAGCCAAACAUGUGAAAAAUAAACAUACUUUUAAAAAUGUGACGUUUCAAUGUGAUCUAUGCUCUCUAAAGUUUAAGGCAGAGGAAUCUCUACGCAGCCAUUUAGGACGCAUUCACAAAAAAUUAUGAUUUUAUAGAAAAUUUUUGUUAGUUUAAGGUUUCAUUAUGAGUACUUCGAGAGAUUAAAAACUAGUAAAUAAUUGUAGAUUAUUGUGUAUAAAGUAAUUCUUAAGUUAUUUUCUAUUGAUUUCUUAUUACGUUAUGUCUGUGCUGGUUAAACAACUACAGUUUUGGGUGGUUCAUAUAACAUGUGUUGUGUGACAGAUAAAUAUAUGUAAAAUGUUUCUUAGUAACCAAAAUUUACUGUUGACUUCUGGAAGCCCAUGUAUUAAAGUUUAAUAUACAGGUUUAAUGUACAACAAUACUAAAAGCACAUAUAAUAUUUGAAAACAUUUGUUUCGAGAAUUGCAAUGUUUAGGAUUUGCAAUAAUAUUUUCAAUCAUGUUAAAUAUUUAAUUUAACAAUUUUUGUAACUCAAGAUGUGUGCAAGGGAAUACGUAAUAAAAUCAUAGAUUUAGGACCCUGCUACUAUUUAAUAGAUUGGCAAUGCAUGACACAGAUCCAUAAAUAUUGACUCCAAAACAUGAAAUAGGGGCCUGUAGCAGCCCUGUAUGUAGCAAAUGCAAAUGCUUAAAAAAAACAACAAUAUUUUGAAAAAUUAUUUGAAUGCUAUAUGAAAAAAAAAAACACAUAAUAUACCAAUUUUUAAGUUGAGGAAAGCAGCACAUUUUUACUCUCGCAUAAAAAAGUCUCUCAACUAGUAUAUUUCAUUUUUGGAAAAAUUUUCACUAAAAUCACUGGAUUGCCAAUUUACAUAUUAUUCUAUAUCUAUAAAUAAUACCAAUAUGUGCCUUCAUUAAUACUGAAAUUCAUAUAUAGGUAUCUACUUAUUACCAACAUUGUAUAUAAAACUUUGUUUGUAUUUCUAAGACAGCAAAGAGCAAUAAUUAUUGGAUUUAUUUAGAACAUAAGACUAAAGCUAUUAAUAAUAGAAUUUAACUUAACUAGUUUUACAUAAAGCUUCCAUAAUAUUCCUUAAUUUAUAGGUAUUAAAAUAUAUAUGUUUUACAGAAUAGUUUACAAGUUUGUCUACACAAAAAAAAGUUAUCAGUCCCUUGCACAUAUUUUGAUCUUAAAGUUGCUUUUAAUUUAUUUCCCAAAAUAGACAAAUAAAAAAUGUUUGAGCUCUCUGUC